UAAAUUUAAUAACUAAUUUUGAUUACUUAAUAAGAACAAUCAUAUCGUACAUAAAAUAGGAUUGGUUCCAAUUUAUUUUUCAAGUCUAAGAAAUUUAACAAAUAAACGGAUAAAAAAGCCGGACAAUUCCAUGGAACUUCCCAGUCAAACGUAACUUUGGAGAAUGCGUAGUUAGAGGGUAUCUUACCGGGUUUAUCAAUAAUUCAUUCACGCUUCGGCUUCACAAAUCAUUUAUCAAUAUAUCGCUUUCAUUGAUUGCUAUUGCGCCUAAAGUACUACAUAACAGAGAUUUUGAGGUGUUCACAGAGAGCAUUGUGCUGCUUCAGUCACUACAGCAACGUCUAGCGGAAAGGUAUUCUCUCGUGCCAAUCAAGAAAUGACUUCCCCAAACAAGAAUAUUCUGUACGGAGGACCAGAUCCUGACAUCACGGAAGGAGAGGAGUCCUUGGGAGAAUUGGUCCUUAAACGCUGCACUCACUACAGCGAACAAAUCGUCUUGAUUGAUGGAGUGACGUCAGAGGAGCUAAAGUAUCGCGAACUGAAAGAACGUAGCAUAAGGUAUGCUGAAAUAAUGCACGCAGAGGGACUCAGAGAGGGCGAUGUCAUUGGACUCUGCAGCGAAAAUCGCUUGGACUUUCCCUGUGUUCUCUUUGGGGCAUUCUACCUGGGAGUCACCGUUGCCCCCCUCAAUUUGACUUAUUCAGACAAUGAACUCAACCAUGCUCUCAAUCUGUCCAAACCUAAAUUCAUUUUUGCAUCGCCCUAUGUUAUCGAAAAAGUUGCUCAGGUCUCAAAGAAGAACUCAUUUAUAAGGAAAGUAGUAGUUUUCGGUGAGGAUAAUUUCUCCUUGAAAGGAGUUCAGUGUAGUAAGGAUUUUUUGGCAAACAAACGAAUCCCUAAAUCUGCGAACUUCAGAGCAAAACCUGUGAAUAUGAAGGACAAUGUAGCUCUGAUACUAUGCUCAAGUGGAACCACGGGAUUGCCCAAAGGAGUCCAGUUAACUCAGUACAACAUCCUGGUGGCAGUAGCACAUAUUGGUUUGGGAGUCUUUACAAUCGACAUGCCCAGAAAAGACAUGGUUAUCCUUGGAAUAAUUCCCUGGUUCCAUGCAUUCGGUUGCCUGACCCUCUGCGGAAUGUCCUUAUCGGGUAUCAGAACGGUACUAUUGCCAAAAUUCGAGGAAUUCCUCUUCCUGAGCUGCAUUGAAAACUACAAAAUCACCCAAAUGUUCCUUGUCCCUCCCCUGAUGGUAUUCCUGGCCAAGCAUCCCUUGGUGGAUAACUACGAUAUGUCUACCGUUCAGGAAAUAAUCUGUGGAGCUGCCCCACUUAGCAAGGAAAUCGAGGAGGCUGUCUCAAAUAGGAUUGGAGUUGUCGUGAGGCAGGGCUACGGAAUGAGCGAGAUGACUUUGAGUACGUUGCUGCAGACCAACAUUAAGAAACCUGGGAGCGUAGGGGAUCUGAGGCCAGGAAUGUGGGGCAAAGUAAUUGAUCCGGACAGUGGCAGACUCCUAGGACCCAAUCAACCUGGAGAACUAUGCUUCAAGGGAUCGCAGAAUAUGAAGGGAUACAUUGGAAAUGACAAAGCCACUAGAGACACUAUUGAUACUGAAGGAUGGCUCCAUACAGGAGACAUUGGCUACUUUGACGAAGAGGGACAAUUCUUCAUUGUGGAUCGCCUGAAAGAACUCAUCAAGUACAAAGGAUAUCAAGUACCUCCGGCUGAAAUUGAGGCUCUACUCCUAACCCAUCCAAAGAUCCGGGAUGCUGCUGUUGUAGGCGUUCCAGAUGAAGCUGCUGGAGAGCUUCCAUUUGCAUUUGUGGUGAAACAACCAGAAAUUCAGCUCACAGAGAAGGAAGUCAUUGAAUUUGUGGCCAAAAAGGCAUCUCCGGCCAAGAGGCUCCAUGGCGGAGUGAAAUUCGUCGAAGAAAUCCCCAAGAAUCCCAGCGGAAAAAUACUCAGGAGAGAAUUGCGAAGCAAACUCAAUCAAAUGCUUAAAUCCAAAUUGUAAAUGAAAAGCAUCAAGUAACUCUUUUUUUUUUGUUAAAUUCUAAGUUUUUGUUAACAAAUUGAUAUUGAUGUGAAUGUGAGUUCAGAUUAAUUAAUUACAUAAGAAAGCUCAAACAUUUAGUACAAGCAAAUGAAGCCAAUAUGUAAGAAAUUCUCAUUCCCUAUCACACAAAUACCACUACGCACUCCGGCAGCUGGAAAUCUGUGUUUGUUCUCCGUAAGAAUUAACUUCCACUUUUAUUUUCAGAUGAAACUUAACAAAAACUAAUAAAAAAAUAUCUGUGUUUAAUAAAA